AAGGUGAUGGAAUCAGACUUGUUAAAAAAAGAAGAUGAAUUUUAUAAAGAAAAUGAAAAGCUGGAACAAAGAACAAAAGAGUUAAUGAAGAAAGUAACUGAUGUUAUGAAAAUUCAAGACAACCUUAUUAAAGAAUCCUUAAAGACAAAGUCUGACAUUGAUUUUAUCAAACAGAACAACUUCAAAUUCAGCAACAAACAAAAAUCUAUAGAAAAGGUAGAUUAUGAUAAAGCUGAUGAUGAACUGGGUAUUCCAAAUGAAAUUAGCAAUAUGGGCGUUAAAGGAGCCACCCAAUAUUAUAAAGCUAAGCUGACGACUCUACAGGUGGAAUUCGUAAAGUUACAAGCAGAAAAUAAGAAAAGGGGAGAAGAAAUAAAAAAGCUGCAGAAAGAAAAUCAAUCAUUACAGGAAGACAAAGAAAAAUGGUUUACAUCGCAUAAUGGCGCAAAAAUUACAAUCGGGAGACUUGAAAGUCAGGUAUCGUCCGUAAAUUCCAAAUUUCAAGGGAAAACGACAGAAUUAACAUUACUUAAGAAAGAGCUGGAACAAGUUAAAAAGGACUUAAAGAAAUCGACGUUAGAUUUGAAUAAUUACGAUGUUAGAUUAACCAGAGCUCACGAGGAAAAUGAAAAACUCAAAACAUCUUUAAAAACUGUAAAAGAUGAAGAAAAGGAAGCUAGAGAGUCUUUUAAAAAGCAAAUAAGCGAUUUAACAUCGACUGUAAAACACAUAGAGAAGCACAAAGUGGAGCUGCUAAAUGGUUUUAAAAAGCAAUUACAGCUAAUCGAUAACCUGAAAAAACAAAAGAUGUAUCUAGAAAGUCUGAAGAUUGGCGAACUUACUGAAUCAGAAUAUUUGAAAAUAUUAGACUGGAAAUGGGAUUAAAAUACUGAGGUUUUCCGAAUAUAAAUUUUCUUUUUUCUAACGCGACUAUUUUAGUUAAUAUAACGCUAAGUUGUUAGGGGCCGUCCAUUAAUCACUUGAUGUUUUUCGGCAUUUUUAACCCCCCCCCCCCCCCACGAUACAUUGUGAGGUUUAAGGGCCGGUAUUUCCAACCUCACUUAAGCCAAAGCUUACUUUAAGCCUUUGCUUAAGCUUAGAUGCCUGUAUUUCCACUUCAAUUUGAGGCUUAAGCCUAGGCUUAAACCAAAUAAUUUUAAGCUCGCGCGAGAGUUGGUUUAAGCCUUUGCUUAAAAUUUGUUUUCUGUUUUUUGAGGUUAUUUCUAUAGAUUAUUAAUUAGAAAGUUAUUUUGAAAACCAACUUUUGAGUAAUAACGUUAUUAGCAGAUUAUUAAAUAAUAAUCUAUUAAUUUAUUAACCGUAAUAACGAUUAUUAAAAUUUUUACUACUUUUGGAAGGUGUAGGCACAUGAAAAUUAUUUAUUUCUACAAUGCUUGGUAGGUAUAUUUAUUUUACAAAAAUAAACUUACAUUCGAAUUUGACAUUUUAAGGAAUAUAUCCAAUAAACAAAAUUACAAAGACGGAUCUAUUGCUUAUGCAAAAUAACAAUAAAAUAUAACCAGAGAAAAUAUAAACUAUUAACACAUGUACCCAUAGAUUUAUAAUACUCUAGAUUGCGCCUUACGAUCUUAAAAUGGGUGACGGUUGCGACAGAGAUAAAUGAGCCUAUUUGGUCGGUAGUCUCUUUUUAAUUUAAGGGGAAUAUCGACGACGUGACUAUCCCACUUUAUCGAGUAUUAUGUAUUGACAGUUCGAGCGGGUGGUGACGAGAAAUGGUCUUUGGUCUUCGGACAUGGAUAAUCGUGGUACGAAUCCCAUACCAACUUUACCUUUUUUAUUUUUAAUUUAAUCAAUAUUGCGUUUAUUAGAUAUUUUUACAUCUGAAAAAUGGACCUAAGUAAAUCUAGCAGAUAAUAAAUGUAUGUAUAGUAAGUUAAUAUUGGAAUACAUAAUUAUUUGUAAAAUAAGUCAUUCGUUAUUAAUAUAAAUUCGGCCUUAUUCGAAUGACGUGAAUAAGGUUUGUAUUGCUUCUACCUUUUUAAAAAAUUGUAAUAAUAGUUUCAUAAAUAAAAAUAAUGUCUAAUUACUUAUAAUUGAAUCGGUCAUUUCAAAAACAGCAAAGUCCACAAUUUUCAGAAACUAACUUUUUGAGAGGAAUAGACUCCUUUAAGAUAAACGUUGUGUGCAAAAACGACACCAGUCCAGUAAAAACAUUAGGAACAAAACUACAAUAUAACUCUGAAUUUUGAUGUCAUCCAUUUCAUCCAUCUUUCGACUAUAUAGGUAGUUUUCUUUGCUCUUCUGUAAAAUUAGGAAUAUGUGACUCGUGUCUCGUGUUGUUUUUGAAAUGACCGUUUCAAUUAAUAAAUCGAUGAUGGUACAUUAUGUUGAUAUUAAUUAUUGGUAAUUUGUACGAAUAUUUUUAACAAUUACUUUAUACUAUUGUACCAUUAACUUAUUAAAAAAAUAACAUUGGCUUUUAUAUUUUUAAAAAUCUAUAGGUACCUACACAGUUUUUCUUAUUUGUUAUAUAUUUCUUUGCUUAGAUUUAUUUUAGAGAUAUAAUAAUAUCUAAUAAACGCAAUAUUGAUUAAAUAAAAAAAGUAAAGAUUGGUAUGGGAUUCGAACCAGGAUUAUCCACGUCCGAAGACAAACGACCAGUUCUCGUCGCCAUCCGCUCGAACUGUCAAAUCAUCUAAAAUACUCGUCGAUAGAGUAGAAUAGUGACGUCGUCGAUACU